AUGGUUUUACGUGGACAGGGUGAUUCACCUGUUAGAAUUUGUGAUCCUUGCAAAAAGCUUGAGGAAGCAGCACGCCAUGAGUUGAGAUAUGGGCACAAAAAUAGAGCUACAAGAGCUACCACAAAAUCUGCUUCGAAACCAGAGGAUGAAAUUCUAAGUGAAAUUCUUGGAGGUGGAGAGCGUAUCCAAUCUCUGGAUUCUGAGCUUCCUGGGAGAACCACAAGCAGUGCCAGUACCUCCAGAAGAACUUCUAAUUUCAGUACAAAUGCAAAUGGAGAUGAAAGCUUUUCUGCUGAAGCACACAACUAUGAACUCAACGAUACUGCAUCUAUUUUUACCCCAGAGGAGUUACGCCAACAAGCUGUAGAAGAGAAGAAAAGGUACAAAACUUUAAAAUCAGAAGGUAAACCAGAGGAAGCACUGCGGGCUUUCAAGCAUGGUAAAGAACUUGAGAGGCAAGCUGCAGCGCUGGAAUUAGAAUUGAGAAGGAGUAGGAGAAUGACUACAAAAGCACCUAACGUCUCUGCUGCUGUUGGUACUUCGACGACUACUGGAUCUGAUGAGGCUGAAACAAAAAGGUCUUCAACUGGGAAAAGGAUUAAGAAAGAAAAGAAUGAUCUUGCCUCUGAGCUCAGAGAUCUAGGCUGGUCAGAUGCAGACCUUCGUGAUGAAACAAAGGCUGCCCCUAUGAGUCUGGAAGGAGAGUUGUCACAGCUUCUUAGAGAGGUGGCCCCCAAACCAUUGGAGGGCAAGAGAACAGGUGGUGUUGAUAAAUCUCAGGUUAAUGCUCUGAAGAGGCAAGCUUUACUGCUAAAGCGAGAAGGUAGGCUUGCUGAAGCAAAGGAAGAGCUCAAGAAGGCUAAAAUUUUGGAAAAACAACUCGAGGAACAGGAGAUUCUAGGUGAAGCAGAAGACUCAGAUGAUGAUUUGGCUGCUAUUAUUCGGAACAUGGACGAUGAUAAAAAUGAUGACAUAUUUAUCGAUGAUCCAAAAUUCCCUGCUUUCAACUUUGAACAAAUUCUGGGUGCCUCUAAUGAUCUUGCCACUGAUGGCCACUUUGAUGUUACAGAUGAUGACAUGAAUGACCCAGAUAUGUCUGCUGCCCUAAAAUCAUUUGGCUGGAGCGAGGAGGAUGACAAACAAUUGGAAAAUCUUGAACCUGUUUCUUCUUCAAAUCAAGAGGUACUCAAGGAGCAAGUACUUGCUCUAAAAAGAGAGGCUGUUGCAAACAGAAGGUCUGGUAAUGUUGCAGAAGCCAUGUCGUUGCUUAAAAAGGCAAAGCUACUUGAGAAGGAUCUUGAAACUGAAGAGCCAGGCUCAAAGGUUCCUUCUCCAGAAGGACAGAAAACUACACAUGCAGAAGAUGCCACUUUUGCAGGGAUGAAUGCCCGACCUAUAUCAGCGCCAAAAAGUAAGCUUGCAAUUCAGAGAGAACUGUUGGCUCUGAAGAAGAAGGCACUAGCUUUGAGGAGGGAAGGGAAGGUGGAUGAGUCUGAGGAAGAGCUGAAAAAAGGUAGUGUUCUUGAAAAGCAGCUUGAAGAGCUUGAGAAUUCCUCCAAACCACCUGUAGCAAAGGAAACCAGGAGCUUGCCAUCUAAUCCCCCGUACAAGGUUGAACCCCCAAAUAUCAGUCUUGCUGAUGAGGUAUAUGAACCUGAGGUUACAGACAAUGAUAUGCAGGAUCCAGCAUUGCUAUCGGUGCUCAAAAAUAUGGGAUGGGAAGAUGCUGGUUCAGAUUCUGUGGAAACAAUUGACAAACCAUCAAUUUCUUCACAUGUAGUUCCUCAUAAAUCAUCAAAAACUAAGGGCCAGCUUCAGAAGGAAUUGCUUGGUAUAAAAAGGAAGGCUCUUGCACUCAGACGGGAAGGGAAAACCACUGAAGCUGAGGAGGAACUGGAGAAGGCUAAGGUCUUGGAGCAGCAAAUUGCAGAGAUCGAAGAAUCAAAUGACUUGAGUGCUAGUCAAAGUGUUACUACUGCUGGCCAUCAGAUUACAGAAAAUAAGUAUGAUGUUCAGCAUAUCCCUGGUGUUGAUGCAACUGUACACCCAUCUUCAGUAAGAAACGCAAUGAAGGGGGACGAAAUAUUGCCAGUGCAUGCAUCUGAAUCUGGUACGUCAGUGGUUACUCUAUGUGGUUCUUCAAGAAAACCGCAGAUUGCGACAACCAAUUCUAAACAAGGUGAUGUGGGAGAAGAAAGUAGAGCUGGAAGCUCUCCAGCCUUGUCACAGCCAGCUUUUACUGAUCCCUUGGGAUCUGAAAAAGGGUCACAUUCACCUUCUGUAGUACAUGAUCAUAAUGAGCAUCAGAAAACACAAGGAGAUGAUACUCUUAAAGAUGAGAUAUUACUUCAUAAGAGAAAAGCAGUUGCCUUUAAGAGAGAAGGGAAGAUGGCAGAAGCUAGAGAAGAAUUGAAACUGGCUAAACUCUUAGAAAAGCGUCUUGAAGGUGCUCAACAAGACAGCAUGGAUGGUGUGGGUGACUCCAUUACUCCUGCUGUAGAACAGAACAGUGUGGUCCAACAACCUUCUAGCUCCAGCAAUCACACUGACGAUGUAACUUCUGCCCCUCCUGCACAAGUGAGCAAGUCGACGCAACCUCAGAAAGCAAUGUCCAGCCGUGACCGUCUCAAAAUCCAACGCGAAUCCCUCGCUCACAAGCGCAAUGCCCUCAAGUUGCGGAGAGAAGGCAAGACUGCAGAAGCAGAUGCAGAAUUCGAACUUGCCAAGGGGCUAGAGAGCCAACUGGAAGAGUCAGGCAACCAAAGUUCAAGCACCGGGGGCAAGUCAAGUGAACCAAACGACGCGAUCGUCGAGAGUCUUCUUGAUCCUCAAAUCAUGUCUGCCCUAAGAUCCAUUGGUUGGAGUGACACGGAUUUAUCCAUGCAAUCUUCUAGUGCACAACCUCUGAACCCCAUGCAGCCCUCAAGUUCUCAACCUCCGCAAAAAGUGGAAGCAAAGUCAUCUGUCGCAGCGACCAGCAAACCUCAGAGCGAGAGAAGUCAACUUGAAGAACAGAUCAAGGCGGAGAAACUGAAAGCGCUUAACUUGAAGCGGGAAGGGAAACAAGCAGAGGCCCUGGAGACCCUUCGCUCCGCAAAGCGACUGGAGAAGAAGUUGAACUCAACUUAG